AUGAGGAAAAAGAGAGGAAAGAGAAAUGAGGGAAGUUUGCCCAUUCAGGACCUUCAAACGAGUGGUAGUUAAGGUGUGACAUUGAAAGACCCAAUUCACCUAAGAGAUUUUAAUCCAAUUUGUAUUCCCUAUAAUGUGACUGAACUGGAACAAGAUUUUAAAGCUGGGUUGCUGGAAAUAUGUCCUAGCUCUUCAGCUCUGCCUUUUUUAUCUUCAGCUAAAGGACCCAGGCAAACAGAGGACGAAGUCAGAGCUUUCAUCAGCAGUGAUGUUAAUGUCUGUAAAGAAGAAUUAGUUUUCAAAGUGUACAUUUAUAUUCAAUGA